AUGUUGCCGCGCCUCGCCUGUACAUCCACAAGUCACAACCACCUGGCAACGCAGCAUCUCAUCUCGCAAGUAAAAACUCGAAGCGACUCGUGUAAGCGAGUGAUAAAUGAAAAUAGUGAGCGAGGGGGGCCGGAGCUCUCCCGCGGAGCCUGCACACAUGGUCUUAUCGACCACGGUGUGCGGUGCGAGGAUUGGGAUGCGACGGGCCAGUAUGAUUUUUACGUCCUACUUAUAGAAAUGGAUGUCCAUUUCUAUAAGUAG